GCUGCGGAGCGGAGCGCUCGCGGGCGGGGGAAGCUCCGGAAGCCGCGGUUGCCUGGACGGCGGGCCCAGGCCUGAGUAUUGGAAGGCCGCAGCCGGGCCGGGUUCUCGGGCUUUCCGCCGCCAGUAGAGCUGCGCUGGCGCCUCCUUCCUUGGAGGACCGAGGUCCCUGGUCGUCCCGAGCUCAUUUCUCUAGAGCGGCUGGAGACGUGGCGCCAUGAGGAGCCGCAGUAACUCAGGGGUCCGACUGGACAGCUACGCCAGGCUAGUGCACCAGACCAUCCUGUGCCAUCAAAAUCCAGUGACUGGUUUGCUUCCAGCUAGCUAUGAUCAGAAAGAUGCCUGGGUCCGGGAUAAUGUGUACAGCAUCUUGGCUGUGUGGGGUUUGGGCCUGGCCUAUCGGAAGAAUGCCGACCGCGAUGAGGAUAAGGCAAAGGCCUAUGAAUUGGAGCAGAGUGUAGUGAAACUAAUGAGGGGACUGCUGCACUGCAUGAUGAGACAGGUGGAUAAAGUAGAAUCCUUCAAGUAUAGUCAGAGUACCAAGGAUAGCCUCCAUGCCAAGUAUAACACCAAAACUUGUGCUACUGUGGUGGGUGAUGACCAGUGGGGACACUUGCAGUUGGAUGCUACCUCUGUGUACCUGCUCUUCUUAGCACAAAUGACUGCUUCAGGACUUCAUAUCAUCCACAGUCUAGAUGAAGUCACUUUCAUACAGAACCUUGUGUUUUACAUUGAAUCUGCAUAUAAAACUGCUGACUUUGGGAUCUGGGAGCGUGGAGACAAGACCAACCAAGGGAUCUCAGAAUUGAAUGCCAGUUCAGUCGGAAUGGCAAAGGCAGCUCUAGAAGCAUUAGAUGAACUGGACCUGUUUGGUGUGAAAGGUGGGCCUCAAUCAGUUAUCCAUGUCCUGUCAGAUGAAGUACAGCACUGCCAGUCUAUCCUUAAUUCAAUACUCCCCCGGGCUUCAACAUCCAAAGAGGUUGAUGCUAGCCUACUUUCAGUUAUUUCCUUCCCAGCCUUCGCAGUAGAGGAUAGCCAGUUGGUGGAGCUCACGAAACAGGAAAUCAUCACCAAGCUUCAGGGUCGUUAUGGUUGUUGUCGCUUUCUCCGAGAUGGAUAUAAAACUCCUAAAGAGGAUCCCAAUCGUCUAUACUAUGAACCAGCUGAGCUGAAGUUGUUUGAAAACAUUGAGUGUGAAUGGCCAUUGUUCUGGACAUACUUUAUCCUCGAUGGGAUAUUCAGUGGCAAUGCAGAGCAGGUUCAAGAGUAUAGAGAGGCUCUUGAAGCAGUCCUCAUUAAGGGGAAAAAUGGAGUACUGCUUCUGCCAGAGCUGUACAGUGUUCCUCCUGACAAGGUUGAUGAAGAAUAUCAAAAUCCUCACACUGUGGACCGAGUCCCCAUGGGCAAGUUACCUCAUAUGUGGGGUCAGUCUCUGUAUAUCUUAGGAAAUUUAAUGGCAGAGGGGUUUUUAGCUCCUGGAGAAAUUGAUCCCCUGAAUCGUAGGUUUUCUACUGUACCAAAGCCAGAUGUUGUGGUUCAAGUCUCCAUUUUGGCAGAGACAGAAGAGAUCAAGUCAAUUUUGAAAGACAAUGGGAUUGAUGUGGAGACCAUUGCUGAGGUGUACCCUAUCAGAGUACAACCUGCUCGUAUUCUCAGUCACAUUUAUUCCAGCUUAGGAUGCAACAGAAGACUGAAACUCAGUGGACGACCUUACAGACACAUGGGAGUGCUUGGAACUUCAAAACUCUAUGACAUUCGGAAAACAGUCUUUACCUUCACUCCACAGUUUAUAGAUCAACAACAGUUCUACUUGGCUUUGGACAACAAGAUGAUAGUGGAAAUGCUUAGAACAGACCUUUCCUACCUUUGCAGCCGCUGGAGAAUGACUGGCCAGCCGACUAUCACCUUCCCUAUCUCACACACCAUGCUUGAUGAGGAUGGAACCAGCUUGAAUUCAAGUAUCCUGGCAGCACUCCGAAAAAUGCAAGAUGGCUAUUUUGGUGGGGCAAGAGGACCUGACUGGAACACUGGAUUGCAUGAUGAAGAGGGUAUGACUGUCAGAGAGCUACUUACUGACCUGUAUGGCAAAGUUGGAGAAAUUCGUCACUGGGGCCUGAUCCGAUACAUUUCGGGAAUCUUAAGGAAGAAGGUGGAAGCACUUGAUGAGGCCUGUACAGACCUCCUCUCCCACCAGAAACACUUGACAGUUGGACUCCCUCCAGAACCUCGAGAAAAGACCAUUUCUGCACCUCUGCCCUAUGAAGAGCUCACUCGGCUGAUAGAUGAAGCCAGUGAAGGGGACAUGAGUAUUUCAAUCCUUACACAGGAAAUAAUGGUGUAUCUAGCCAUGUAUAUGCGAACUCAGCCUGGCCUCUUUGCUGAAAUGUUUCGACUUCGAAUUGGUCUGAUCAUACAAGUUAUGGCAACAGAACUGGCCCAGUCCCUUCGAUGUUCAGCUGAGGAGGCCACAGAGGGCCUGAUGAAUCUAAGUCCUUCAGCCAUGAAGAACCUCCUGCAUCAUAUUCUCAGUGGCAAGGAGUUUGGAGUGGAACGAAGUGUUCGUCCCACUGAUUCAAAUAUCAGCCCUGCUAUAUCUAUCCAUGAGAUUGGUGCUGUUGGAGCAACCAAAACAGAACGAACUGGGAUCAUGCAAUUAAAAAGUGAGAUAAAGCAGGUGGAAUUUCGGAGACUCUCUGUCUCAACUGAGAUUCAGUCACCUGGAAUCUCUGUGACUCCGAGCAGUGGGUCCUUUUUUAGUGCAUAUGGCCAACAGAUAUCUAGAGAUAAUCGUCAAGGUCAAUGGCAACGCCGAAGAAGAUUGGAUGGAGCACUUAACAGAGUCCCAAUUGGAUUUUAUCAAAAAGUAUGGAAAGUUUUGCAGAAGUGUCAUGGACUUUCUGUGGAAGGUUUUGUUCUUCCUUCUUCAACCACCAGAGAGAUGACUCCAGGCGAGAUUAAAUUUUCUGUUCAUGUGGAAUCUGUUCUGAAUCGUGUUCCUCAGCCAGAGUACCGCCAGCUUCUGGUUGAAGCCAUCCUUGUCCUUACCAUGUUGGCAGAUAUUGAAAUUCAUAGUAUUGGAAGCAUCAUUGCUGUAGAAAAAAUAGUGCAUAUUGCCAAUGACUUGUUCCUUCAAGAACAGAAAACCCUCGGCGCAGACGAGAUCAUGUUGACAAAGGAUCCUGCUUCUGGCAUCUGUACUCUUCUGUACGACAGUGCACCCAGUGGCAGGUUUGGCACCAUGACCUACCUCUCCAAGGCAGCUGCCACCUACGUGCAGGAGUUCCUGCCCCACAGCAUCUGUGCCAUGCAGUAGCUUCUGGGAGCCUUUUAACAUCUGGUUCUUGCCUCAGUUGAUUGUAAAUGAAACUGAAAUGUGAUUGCCCGAUCACUCCCACCCUUCCCCUUUUUACCCCACCUCUCCCAAGAAGAACAAAGUUUUCUGAGAAACUAACUGCUAUUGAAGUGAACUCUGGCUUGAAGAUGUGUGCUUAUCCAGGCACUUCACUGUGGGCCUUAAUUUUUUCAUGGUUCAUAAAAGUUUGCAUGUGUUUUUAUUCUCUAGAUCUAUUACCAACUUAGUUUUCUAACUCCUGUUUGGGGAACAGAUAUUAAUAAUUUAUUCCUAAGGUUUGGUUUUUCUUAUGUGGCUUUAUUGUGUGAAGGAGUGGUGGGUGCUUUGGGAAGUUAUUUCAAGUGAAUAAACCCCAAUUGUUGGGUUUUAUGCUGCCGUAAAUUGGAAAUGUCUAUUUUAAAUGCCUUUUCCUGGGGAAAAAAAGAGUAGCGUGAUAUGGUUUCCUUUUUUACUCACAUGUUGCCUUACACAGUAAUGAACACCUCUCUGUGUAGAAUUAUUGUUUGAUGAAAUAUUAAAAAUAUUAAUGCAGUGUGCAUAUUUAAGGAUUUGUGUAUUAACACUUGAAGUCACAUUUUGUGAAGAUUGCUGGUACUCAUAGAUGUAUUUGCAGCAGAAAGUGCAGAAUAACCCAGAGCAAAGGAGACCCUAGCCCAAGUCCAGAGAGUAAGAUAGAAGAAGAGAUGAUGCUGAGUGGUGUUGUGCACCCAGGGAGCUGAGGGGAGUCAGAGGUGGGUUAGUGCCCUAAAGACAGCCUUGUGCACACUUAAGUCUUACUUGUGAAGAGUGGGCCAACAGGCAACAUGGAGAAUAAUUGAAGCCUCUGUCUUUGCCAAAGAGCAGCACAACAUAGCGCUUUUCCAGGCACUCUUUCCUUAUGCUCUCCUGGUCUCUGUCUCAUUCACCUACUCACCUUCUACAGCAUCCAGUCCCCUCCCCUCCCCAACUCUCUGCCCUUCCAACUGUUCUUAAACUCUUUCAUGUACAUUUUCACUUCCUCAUUCUAGUAUUCAUGUCUCUAUAUGUCUUGAUAUCUAUAUAAAACACCUGCUUUGUUUUAUCUGUCUAAACAUAUGUGAGAAUUUUUCUGAAAGUUGAUGUGUCUAUAUAUCUACCUGUAUCUACAUUUGAUAGACCGAGUAAGAAUGCAAAUAUGAGUGUUGCGUGAGACAAAGGUGUGACUGUGUCCUCAGGCUGACUGGGAGAACCCUUAAGUUCUCUUCCUUGGCCCCAUGUUUAGGCGGCCUCUUUUGAAGAAUGUUUCUCCUAACUUUCUAUCUUGUUCAGUUCAGACUGCUAUAACAAAGUACCAUAGACUGGGUGGCUUAAGAAACAUUUAUUUCUCACAGUUCUGGAGGCUGUCAAGUCCAAGAUCAGAUUGCCAAAAGAUUCAGUGUCUCAUGAGGGUCCACUUCUAGUUUGCACAUAGCCACUUUCUUGCUAUUUCCUCACAUGGCACAGAGAAAACUUUAGUCUCUUCCUCUUCUUACAAGGGCACUAAUCUCAUUGUGGGAAUGCCAACCUCAUGACUGACUACCUCCAGAAGGUCCCAACUCUCUAAAUACCAUCACUUUGGGAGUGAAGGUUUUAAUAUAAGAAGUUUGGUGGACAUGAACAUUCAGUCCAUAGCACUUUCCUUCUCCUGAUAUGGGUGUAAAGAUUACUCAUUUCCCUAUUUGUACUCAGAUAACUUUCCACUUCAAUCCCCUCCUUUCCCUCAAUUUUUUGUUCCCUCCAAGAAUGGAGGUGGGGGAAUCUCGAAACAGUUCUUACAGAAUCAUUGACAAUCUUAUGAGCACACAUGCAUGAGUGAGCAUAGUGGGUGAUAGAAAACAGUGGAAAUAGAGAGGAUGGCCAACCUCUUCAGCACCUGUCUUAAAGCAAAUGGAAACACACACUAAGUAGUUUUCUGACUAUGUGAUUUUUUUUCUGUCAUUAUCAAGAAAAGUUACAACCCGUUCUGAAACUCUUUUCACUGGUUGCAAGUGUACCCCAACCAUGGGGAGUAAAUCUGGAGUGGCUCCAGUGAAGUACCCCAUACCCUCCCAUGAUAAGUUGCCUGAACUGAGGCUGAUGGCUGCAUUUCUCUGGGUUUACUAAAUUGUUUAUCACUGUGGCCCCCACAAAGUGUUAGUUUUAGAAAUCUUUUGUAUUUUGUUCAUUAUAAGCAUGUGAUGCUAAAUGACAUGUUACUCUGUUAAAGCACUUAUAUUUUGAAAAUAGAAUAAAGAAUUAGAAUUUUCAAUAAAUCAUGUCUGGUUCCAGUUUGCAAAAAUUUUAUGUGUUUUUAUGGUUGGAGUUAUUUCAUACUGUAGUACCGUCAAAGCUUAUUAAUUGGGUCAAAAUGAAAUAAUCUCU